CUCGUGAAAGAAACAGGCUCAAAGUGGAAAGUGGCUAGUGGACAUGACCACAAUAGACUUGUUUAUGUGAGCUUUUGUCACCUUUUGCUUCAAAUCUGCUUAUGACUCAAGGAGUUAAGAUAUUGCCAUCUGCCUUACAAUGAAGGAUAACAAGAAAUUGAGGGAUGCAAAAUUUGCAAAAGACUUUCAAGCUGUGCUUGUAGAGUUUCAGAAUGCUCAGAGAAUCGCUCAGGAGCGGGAAAGUUGUACGCACCAUUCAUUCCUGAAGAUGUAUUAUCAACAAGGCAAUAUCCAAAUGACGUGUAUUCAGUGUCAGAGGAAAACCUGGAACAGAAAGCGUUCUAUGCUGCACAAAGAUCGUAAAAGCUUACCGUCUACUCUUAAAGAAGCUGGUUUUCCGUAAAUCUGUUUGUGUUAAAUCUGUUUUAUAUGCUUUGUGAAGUGCACGGCACAUAUCAGAGAACCCUUUCUUCAGUCAGAUUUAUUGAAAAUUGACUAAGUUAAUCAAACAUUCACACAUGUAAUUUUGUAGUAAUAUAUCAUUAUCUAUUAAAAAACUUGAUAAGAUUUUUCAUUCUUAAAUAUGAAUAUAUGAAACACUUACAAAGAAA